AUGGUAUUAAGUCAAUCAGAUAUUUCAAAGAAUCAAGUAAUUAUCAUUAUGGAUCAUUUACCAUUUAAGUCUAAUGGAAAAUUAGAUAAAGCAGCACUUCCCGAACCUAAUCUAUCCUCAUUACUUUUAUCAAUAAAUAACGAUGAAACUUCUAAUGAUCAAGAAAAUGAAAUAUUAAUGACAAAUGAACACCAACUUGUACAUGUUCUUUGGUGUGAUAUGUUACAAUUUGUUGUAAAUUCAAAAAUACCUAUUAAUCGUUCAUUUUUCUUAUUGGAUGUUAAAGGUCAACAUGACGUUGUCAUAAUAAAAGAUGCAUUUGUAGAUAUAACUUAUCUUGGUACCCGUCUUCAUCAUUAUGAUUGUUUACUUGAAGGAAAAGUUUGUUUAUCAAAUUUAUUUUAUAAAAAUUCAAAUAAUUAUAUUCAAAAAAUAAUUGGUCAAUUAAUAUCUAACAGUUCAUCUGUACUUAAUCAAUGCCAAAGUGAUGAACUUACAGUUGUUUAUGGUUCAGUAUUAAUUCAACAAAUAUUUAAACAAAAUUCUAUUACACUUCAAGAUGCUGGUGCUGCAUGGUGUGUUCAUUCUCAUGUAUCUCACUCUUAUAUUGGAAUAGAUUAUUCUCAAGAUAUCAUUAACUUAUAUCAAAGACUUUAUUCGACAACUCCUCGACUUUCAUUCGUAGUAGCUGAUGCAACAAAACAUUUACCAUUUGAAAAUGAGUCAAUUGAUAUUAUUCUUUGUAUUGAAACAACACAUGCUUUUGACGAACCAAUAGCAAUUACACAAUUUGUCAAUGAAGUCGUUUGUAUACUUCGUCCAAAUGGAUAUCUUCUUUGGUGUGAUUUUUGUUACAUGAAUGGAUCAGGUACAUCAGUUUAUGAUCUGAUAGAAAAUGAUGAAUUAAUUAUUGAAGAAAAGAUUAAUAUUACAAGGAAUGUUCUCCAUGCACGUGACAUUCAAAAUAAAUCUCGUACUGAUUUCAUUCAACGUUAUAUUCAACCUGAAGAACAAGAAUAUUUUCGUCUGUUUGCUGGAUUACCUGGCACUCAAUUUAUGAGGAUAUGA